CUUGACGUUAGAGAAACGCGAUUACGUAGGCAAACGUUCAUUACGUCAACUGUGACAAAAUUCAACAUGGAGGACGGCGGCGUAGUGAUUGAAAAACCGCAGGAGGACGUUACGGGAAUGCUUAGCUCAAGGCCUCAGACAGGCCUCUCCUUCCUGGCCCCAGAACCAGAGGACCUUGAAGACCUCUACAGUAGAUACAAGAAAUUGCAACAGGAGCUUGAGUUCCUGGAGGUGCAGGAGGAGUACAUCAAAGAUGAACAGAAGAACCUGAAGAAGGAGUUCCUCCAUGCCCAAGAGGAGGUGAAGAGGAUACAGAGCAUCCCUCUGGUCAUCGGACAGUUCCUUGAAGCUGUGGAUCAGAACACUGCCAUCGUCGGGUCUACUACAGGCUCCAAUUACUAUGUGCGCAUCCUGAGCACCAUAGACCGGGAGCUGCUGAAGCCCAACGCCUCAGUGGCCCUGCACAAGCACAGCAAUGCCCUGGUGGACGUGCUGCCCCCAGAGGCCGACAGCAGCAUCAUGAUGCUCACCUCUGACCAGAAGCCUGAUGUGAUGUAUGCGGACAUCGGAGGCAUGGACAUUCAGAAGCAGGAAGUCAGGGAGGCCGUGGAGCUGCCCCUCACACACUUUGAACUUUAUAAACAGAUUGGUAUUGACCCUCCCAGAGGAGUACUGAUGUACGGCCCCCCUGGCUGUGGGAAGACUAUGCUGGCUAAAGCUGUGGCUCACCACACUACAGCGGCCUUCAUCCGCGUGGUGGGCUCUGAGUUUGUGCAGAAGUACCUGGGCGAGGGCCCACGUAUGGUGCGAGACGUCUUCCGCCUGGCCAAGGAGAACGCCCCCGCCAUCAUCUUCAUUGACGAGAUCGACGCCAUCGCCACCAAGCGCUUUGACGCCCAGACCGGUGCUGACAGAGAGGUGCAGAGAAUCCUGCUGGAGCUGCUGAACCAGAUGGAUGGCUUUGACCAGAACGUCAACGUCAAGGUCAUCAUGGCCACCAACAGAGCUGACACCCUGGAUCCAGCCCUGCUGCGCCCCGGUCGCCUGGACCGCAAGAUCGAGUUCCCUCUCCCCGACAGGCGGCAGAAGCGCCUCAUCUUCUCCACCAUCACCAGCAAGAUGAACUUGUCUGAGGAAGUCGACCUGGAGGACUACGUUGCUCGUCCAGACAAGAUCUCUGGUGCUGAUAUCAACUCUAUCUGCCAGGAGGCUGGAAUGCUGGCUGUGCGUGAGAACAGAUACAUUGUCCUGGCCAAGGACUUUGAGAAGGCAUACAAAACUGUCAUUAAAAAGGACGAGCAGGAACACGAGUUUUAUAAGUAGUUAAGCUACCUUUACCCUGACUUAUCUUUGCCUAUGGGAUCUACAUGUUUGAUUUUCUAUUUGGAUUUGUUUUUUUGUUUUGUGCAUACAAAAACAUUGUAACUUUUGCAGCCCCAAUGCUGAGUGGUAAUCUUGCUGAGGACUCUCUUCUGUUCUCAAGGUGUAUGUCCUAGCAUUGGGUCUGUUAUAUUAAAUUACAGAUAGAGGCCUGAGGUCUCCACACACACACACACACACACACACACACACACACACACACACACACACACACACACACACACACACACACACACACAGGCACCACUGCAGUAUGUUAUGUGACCAGCUGAAUGGCCAGACCAGAUACUUAGUACCUGUAUGUUCUCCAAUGAUAUAACCGUGCAACUACAUGCAUUAAAAAUGAGUUUUCCAUAA